UUCCCUCCUCUUUUUGAUUCCUUGAUUCCUUGCGCCACAAGCGUUUGCCAGGCGACGCCCAAAGAUCCUCAGGUUGGUCGUCGGAAACUGAACUAAAGCCCUUCAAACUGCCGGUUAGCUACAAUCUUCCCUCAGCACCUCAGCACCACACAAACAGCCAUGUUCAGAAACGCCGUCGCUCGUGCUGCUCGUCAGGCGACACCGCUCGCCCGCCGUGGAUUCGCCACCGCUGGCGAGGGAGUAUACAAUGAGGAGGGGAAGCGCAUCGUCACUAUGAUCCCAGGGGAUGGAAUCGGUCCCGAGAUUUCCAAGUCCGUCGUGAAGAUCUUUGAAGCUGACGGUGUACCUGUCGUGUGGGAAACUGUUGAUGUGUAUCCGAUUCUGAAGGAUGGAAAGACCACCAUACCUGAGGACUCGCUUAUCUCUAUUAACAAGAACAAGGUCGCGCUGAAGGGUCCUCUUGAGACCCCUAUUGGAAAGGGUCACGUCUCUAUGAACUUGACUCUUCGUAGGACUUUCGAUCUUUACGCCAACGUCCGCCCUUGCAAGUCUAUUGUCGGUUACAAAACCCCCUUCGACAAUGUUGAUACCGUUCUUAUCCGUGAAAACACUGAGGGAGAGUACUCUGGAAUUGAGCACGUCGUUGUGGACGGUGUUGUCCAAUCCAUCAAGCUGAUCACCGAGGACGCCUGCAAGCGUUGUAUCACCUACGCUUUCGAGUACGCUCGCGCUAUCGGCCGCAAUCGCGUUACUGUUGUUCACAAGGCUAACAUCCAGAAACUGUCCGACGGUCUCUUUUUGUCUGCUGCCCAGGAAGUCGCCAAGGACUACCCAGACAUCAAGCUUGACGACAUGCUUCUCGACCGUGUGUGCCUGCAGAUCGUGCAAGACCCUACAAAGGGAUGGAACGAGACCGUCAUGGUCAUGCCCAACUUGUACGGAGACAUCUUGUCUGACCUGGGAGCCGGUCUCAUUGGAGGACUCGGCCUGACACCCUCCGGUAACAUUGGCCAAAAGGCCAGUAUCUUCGAAUCUGUCCACGGUACCGCUCCCGACAUUGCUGGGAAGGAUCUUGCCAACCCGACCGCUUUGCUUCUGUCUGGUGUCAUGAUGUUGAGGCAUAUGAAGAUGGAGAGCCACGCCGACAACAUUCAACGGGCUGUGCUGAAAACCAUCGCGGACGGAAACGCACGCACGGGGGACUUGGGAGGAAAGGCCACCAACAGCGCAUUCACGGACGCCGUCAUUGCCAACCUCAAGCACUAGUUCCUCAUAUUCCCCUCAUCAAAAACUUCGACGGAGGCCCUCAAUCGAUCACUACUCCACGUUCCCGCACGCUCUCUUCACCGAAUACAUUUCUCCUCGUCGUAUUUAAUAAUAAUCAGAACAAGCAAUCUGCAUAUCGUACAUCGUUGUCCAAGUUUGGACUUUGUUUCUCAAGGCCAAAGCACUGUCGAUCCGAGACUCUUGGUCGUGAUCUGGCAGGUUACAGUUGCGACCGCUCAAGCCGUCGUGACAUCACCAUACGAUAUCCGCCGCCGCGAUGUUCCUGCUGAUUCACAGAUAUUUCCAAGGGGCUACAAAGAAUAACGCACCUCGUGAUCUCUGUCUGAUAUUGUGCGCCUAGGCUGACGAUUAAAUGCUUGGACAACUGCCGUCGAGCAUGAGGGACUGUGCGUCGUUGCUGUACG